UAACAAACCACCCCGCCCGCCGCUCCGCUCCGCUUCCCCCUUUCCCCUCCGGUCGCGGCGGCAGCUUCCGCGAAAGCCUCCACUAAGAAACCGAGCUCUCGCCACGCCGCGCGCAUCUCCUCCGCCACCCGCCCGGAUCCUUGCUCACUCCUAGCGCGGUCGCGGGGCUCCCGAUGGGCGCCGUGGCGUCGACGGUGGCGGCGCGGUUCGCGUUCUUCCCGCCCACCCCGCCGUCGUACGGGGUGGAGCCGCCGCCGUCGCCGGCGGCCGCGGCGGCGGACUCCGAGGUGGUGGAGCUCAGUGGGGUGGCCGUGCCGCGGGGCCGCGGCGUGGAGGCGCGCCGGCUGCCCACCAAGCGCGGCACGGAGGUGGUGGCCAUGUACGUGCGCCAGCCCGGGGCGCGCCUCACGCUGCUCUACUCCCACGGGAACGCCGCCGACCUGGGGCAGAUGUACGAGCUCUUCGUCGAGCUCAGCACGCACCUCAACGUCAACCUCAUGGGUUACGAUUAUUCGGGGUACGGACAAUCAUCUGGGAAGCCAAGUGAGCAAAACACUUAUGCUGAUAUAGAAGCUGUCUAUAGGUGUCUUAUUGAAACAUAUGGAGCCUCUGAGGAAAACAUCAUUUUAUAUGGUCAAUCAGUUGGAAGUGGCCCUACUUUGGAUUUAGCAUCCCGUUUGUCUCAUUUGCGAGCAGUUGUACUACAUAGCCCAAUUUCAUCCGGUUUAAGAGUGAUGUAUCCUGUGAAACAUACAUAUUGGUUUGACAUAUAUAAGAACAUUGACAAAAUUCCUCUGGUCAAAUGUCCUGUGUUGGUAAUCCAUGGUACAGCUGAUGAGGUUGUUGCCUGUUCUCAUGGGAGGACGCUUUGGGAGCUAUCUAAAGUGAAGUAUGAGCCCCUGUGGGUCAAAGGGGGAAACCACUGUAAUUUGGAGCUAUAUCCAGAAUACAUUAAGCACCUGAAAAGGUUUGUUACAGCAAUAGAGAAAUCACCACCAGUGAAAGAUGAAUCUCCGGAGAGUUCAGGUGCUUCAGAUCCUAGUGAAACUGGAUCCGAAGGCGCGCAGAGCUCAAGGAGAAGCACAGAUAUUAGGGACAAACUUAGGUCAAGCAUUGAUCAUAGACCAAGCACAGAUCGAUGGGAGAAACCGAGGGGCAGCAUAGACCGUAGAGAUAAAAACAGAAAAAGUGUGGAUCAACCUGACAAACCACGGGCUAGUGUGCAUCAACCUGACAGGCCACGGAAGAGCAUUGACAGAUUUGGAGGGAUGAUGAGAUCAGUCAAGUUGAAUAUUGACUGCUUCACUGCAGCUUCUGGGAGCUGAAAGUAACGGUAGGUUAGUGCCUGAUAGUCGUCUGUAUGUAUUACAUUUUGUACACUUCGUUUUUUUUUCAAAAAAUCAUUUUGUAUACUUCAUUCAAUUGGGUGUUUUUAGUGUGACUGGAAAAGGUGUAUUAGCUUGAAUGAGGGUUUGAAUUUUUUUCCCUGAAUUGCUCCCCUUCCUGUUUGGAAGCCAUUCACCUCUUAUCUGAUGUCUGAAGAAAAGCCGCCCCCGCAAGGCCGCAAGGCAAUGGGGAGCACUGUUCUUUUGUAACUGUAAAUACGUUGUUCUAUCGCACUUUUUUUGUUUCCUGUUCAACAGAAGCACGUUCAUUAAUGUUUAUGAACUUCAACUGGGAGUUCUGUUUUCGCUC